UCGUUCAACUUAUUUCUUAGAAACAACCCUUUUUCUUUAAAAGUGAUUACAACAAAAUAAAUACAGAGCUUUAGAGCUCAAUACAUAAUAACAAGACUUGCAACUAAUUUGAAUUGUAAAUAAGUUCCCAAACAAUAUUUUUAAGGGUUUUUCAAAUUUAUUUUUUAGUCUUUUACUUCCUACACGAAUUUAUAAGUAAGUAUAAAUACUUGAAACACCUAAAUUUUCUCCAUUAAAACUGUUUUAACUCUUGCCUUUGACGGAUCCCACACCAAAAUGUCUUCAAUCUUUGUAAAACUUUCCUCAUCUUUCCGAUGGAUAUUGGUUUUGGUUAUAAUCGGUGUAAGCACUUUACCAGCUCAAGGAUUAUCAGAUACAAGCUAUUGUGAAAAAAAGCUGAGUGAUACCUUGGAUUUGAUUUGUAAUUAUGGAAUUGGAGCUAAAUUGAAAAGAUCAGUUGAACCAGUUGAUAACUACGUUGACUCCGAGAACCAAAUGUCAUCUUCGUUUGAAGAUUAUCCAAUGAUAUCACAGUUCCAACAAAACUCAUUGGCCAAAACUCGAAGAAAGCGAUAUGGGCCUGAAGUUGCCAGUUUUGGUGAACGAAUUGCCAGUGUUUGUUGUAGAAAACCGUGCACAAUGGGAGAGCUUUUGAUGUUCUGUAAUCAAUAUUAAACAAAAAUUCACUGAAUUGACAAAAAUUAAAUUUCACUAUUAAAUAUUCUUUAACGAUAUAUCGAGGGACCUGAUUGUUUAAAUUCAGCUGAAGUGAAUUAACUACUACUUGCUUUUUGAUCAUAAACAAAAUAUUGUUAUAAAUUUAUAAAUACAAAGUUUUAUAUAAUACAUUUUGUUAUUUAUUAUUUUAUACCAUAUUAUGUACAUAUUUUGAAAUAAAAUAAAAACCAGCUUAUUU